AGGGACCGGAGGGGCUCCGGGCGCCGCGCCGCAGACCCGCUCCGGCUGCCCUGCGCUCCGCCCGCCCGCCGUGGCCGCGGGGUCCGGCGCCCCAGUCCCGGAGCCGAGCGGGCGAGCGCCCCGCACCGCCCUGCCCCGCGCGGAGGCGCCGCCGGACGCGCCCGCAUGGACCUGCUCGUGGCGCUGCUGCUCGCGGCCGCGCUCUACCUGCCGGCGGCCGCCGACUUCGACGCGCGGUGGCCCAGGCAGAUAGUGUCCUCGGUUGGCCUAUGUCGUUAUGGUGGGAGGAUCGACUGCUGCUGGGGCUGGGCCCGCCGGUCCUGGGGACAGUGUCAGCCUUUCUACGUCUUAAGGCAGAGAAUAGCCAGGAUAAGGUGCCAGCUCAAAGCUGUGUGCCGGCCACAGUGCAAACAUGGGGAAUGUAUCGGACCAGACAAGUGCAGGUGUCAUCCUGGAUACGCUGGGAAGACCUGCAGUCAAGAUCUCAACGAGUGUGGCCUGAAGCCGAGGCCCUGCAAACACAGGUGCAUGAACACCUACGGCAGCUACAAGUGCUACUGUCUCAGCGGGUACAUGCUGAUGCCAGACGGCUCCUGCUCAAGUGCCCGGACGUGCUCCAUGGCAAACUGCCAGUAUGGCUGUGACGUGGUGAAAGGACAGACACGGUGCCAGUGUCCCUCCCCUGGCCUGCAGCUGGCUCCCGACGGGAGGACCUGUGUGGAUGUUGAUGAAUGUGCCACUGGGAGAGCCUCCUGCCCUCGAUUCAGACAGUGUGUCAAUACUUUUGGGAGUUACGUCUGCAAGUGUCAUAAAGGCUUCGACCUCAUGUACAUUGGAGGCAAAUACCAGUGUCACGACAUCGACGAGUGCUCCCUCGGUCAGCACCAGUGCAGUGGCUUUGCUCGAUGCUACAACAUACAUGGCUCCUACAAGUGCAAAUGUAAAGAUGGGUACCAGGGCGACGGACGGAGUUGCGUGUAUAUUCCGAAAGUCAUGAUUGAACCUUCAGGCCCCGAUCAUGUACCUGAAGGAAAUGGUACCAUCUCCAAGGGUGACGGGGGGCACGGUAAUUGGAUUCCUGAUAUUGGCAGUACGAGGCGGCCUCUGAAGACACCGUAUGUUCCUCCUGUCGUUACCAGCAGGCCCACUGCUGAGCCAACGACCAGACCUACCCCAAAGCCAACACCACAGCCUACCCCACCCCCACCCCCACCCACAGCACCCAGAAUACCUCCCCCCACAACAACUCCAGAAAGACCAACCACCGGACUGACAACUGUGGCGCCAGCUGCCACUACAUCUCCGAGACGAAUUACAGUUGACAACAGGAUACAGACAGAUCCUCAGAAACCCAGAGGAGAUGUGUUCAUUCCGCGGCAGCCUUCAAAUGACUUGUUUGAAAUAUUUGAAAUUGAAAGAGGAGUCAGUGCAGAUGAUGAAGCAAAGGAUGAUCCAGGUGUUCUGAUACACAGCUGUAAUUUUGACCAUGGGCUCUGUGGAUGGAUCAGGGAGAAGGACCGUGACGUGCACUGGGAACCCGUGAGGGAUCCAGCAGGUGGGCAGUAUCUGAGAGUCUCGGAAGCCAAAGGCCCAGGGGGCAGAGCCGCCCGCUUGGUGCUCCCGCUCGGCGCCCUCGUGCACUCGGGGCACCUGUGCCUGUCGUUCAGGCACAGGGUGGUGGGGCUGCGCGCCGGCGCGCUCCAGGUGUUGGUGAGGAAACACGGCGCCCAUGGCGCGGCCCUGUGGGGAAGGAAUGGUGGCCACGGCUGGAGGCAGACGCAGAUCACCUUGCGAGGGGCUGACGUCAAGAGUGUCAUCUUCAAAGGUGAAAAAAGGCGUGGUCACACUGGGGAGAUUGCACUGGAUGAUGUGAGCUUGAAAAAAGGCCACUGCUCUGAAGAACGGGAGCAACUCCACAACUAGCAAUGGACUCCCACGUCCCUUCCUCCUCUUUUCCCAUCCUCACCUCCUGUCCUCUCCUCCCUCUUAUCAGGCCUAGGAGAAGAGUGGUCAGUGGGUCAGGAAAAGUCUGGUGGGUGACCCGCGUCUUGCUGGCCUGCUUUUGUGCAAUCCCAAUGAACAGUGACAAUCUCCUUGAAGUACAAGGGGCACCUGUAGACACAUCCCACCAUGUUUGAGUGUUACCUGCUGUCCUGUCUCUUUUAGGAAGGCCACAUAAUGUGUGACCUAUACCAUCCUUCAUCCUGGUUAUGAGGUGUUCUUUGUAGCAAAUUAUGGGAGAAGUUUUCAAAAGAAAUCUGUGCCAGUGGCCAUCCUAUUAUCUGUUCAGUGUUGUCCCCAAGUAGAACUGACUUCCCCUGAUGUAGUUGUGUGUGCGUGUGGAAUUGGUUUCUCCUCUUCACUUGUUAGUUCUGGCCUGACCUGAACUCUGACUUACUGCCAUUCAGUUUGUAAAGAAGGGCGUGUAACAUAUCAAGAUGCAUUUAUCCUUGUUAUCUGUAUUUUUCUUUUUAAGACAGUUGUGUAGAGUGGGCAUGUAAUCCCUCGUUAGUAGUAGUGUGUUUGUGUAAAUGUGCUAUUGAUAUUAAGUAGUUACAUGUUUCUAAUACUCACAGACUCUAGUUGCAAGGGAAAAGGCAGCUUGUGCUCUCGAGUUAAAACAACACGGAGUGAAAUGUCGUCCAGGCCCAUGACCUUGUGCUGGGGGCACGAGAAAACUGGAAGAGGUGUUAGGCUGUGGUGAUGAUGUGGAGGGAUCAGUGAAUUUUUUAAUGGCCUUGAUUUGAUCGCUCCAAAGGAUAGUCAACCAUUCAGGUAGACAAGA